AUGUUGACUGCGAAGGACUACAUGAGUGUCUGUUCAGAGAAGCAAAAAAAGCAAGAACAGGCAGUAAAAAAGAACGAAAAAGACAAUCAGACAAAGGGAAAACAGGAUGUGAAAAAGAGCGAAUAUGAAGAUUUAAAGGGAAAGGAAAAGAAACUGCAAAUGGAUAAAGAAAUCGAGGCUAUGAAGUCAACUCAUGAAAUGGACAAUAAUCAGCCGCAGAAGCCCUUGAAGAAGUCCGUGCAUGUGAAAAUUGAUGAGAAGAAGUGCAAGCUAUACGAAACAUUUGACGAGCCAACAUUGGACGAGGAAGACGACGUGCCCGAUUGA